AAUGACUAUAAUCCCCCAACAGAUUUUGUUGGUCGAUUUUCUCGUCCAUGGAAGUCAAGUGACUUGGUUCUCAAAGUCGAACACACAGUCUUUCACGUCCAUCGAGCCGUGUUAAUGGUGUCUUCCCCAGUCUUCGAAACGAUGUUGUCGUCAGAUUUCAAGGAGAAAUCUGCAAAAGUGAUACAACUUCCGGGCAAAAAUCCUGCGGAAAUAGAGCAGCUCCUUCAAUGCAUUUAUCCUGACCAGGAUCUUUGGAUCUUUAAGGGAAACUGCCUUUCCCUUCUGAAGCUCUCCACUGAAUACCAAAUCGAUCGAGUGAAAAUGCGCUGCGAGGAAUAUCUUUAUUACUGGUCAACCUCGGAUAUGGAAGUCGAGGAAGCCUUGGAAGUGAUUAUCUUUAAUCAAACAUAUCCCCUUGAAGAAAAGGUAAUUCAGAAAUGUGUGAAUAGAUUUGUUACGCAGACGAAACAGGCGUGGGUUGAAAUACAGAAACACAGGCUUUACCCUGAACUAAAUCCUGAAUCUGUCAAGCAGCUCACAGAGGGAAGACUGGCCUACUUGGAAGAAAGGUUGAACAUAGGAAUCGAGGCUCAUAAACAGGGAAAAAAAAGGAAGCGGCCGAGUUUGCGGGAUGACGGGAAAAAUAAGUUGAAACCCUUUAGAGUGUAA